AAAAAAAAAAAAAGGUGGAGGAAUAGAAGACUUCUAAAAUAAAAAAGAAAAAAAAAAGUUAGCAUUACUGAUAACUAAGUCUCUUGUGAAACCGAGUCGAGGAAGUUCCAGAUCUCGAUCUCCGGAGUUUUUAGAAGCAAUGGCGAAGCCGAGGUAUUCGCGCCUUCCGGCUCGGAAAUCGUCAUCGUCAACUAUGUUUCUAACCAUGCUAAUCAUGUUCACCUUCCUGAUUUUGAUUCUUUUGGCGCUCGGAAUCCUUUCAAUUCCUAGCAGUAACUCCGGAAAUUCACCUAAACCUAACGAUUUGAGCUCGAUUGUGCAUAACGUCGUCGACAGAAGUGAUGAUGAUGAAGGAAGAGGAGAGCACUGGGUUGAAGUCAUCUCUUGGGAGCCUAGAGCUUUUAUCUACCAUAAUUUCUUGUCCAAGGAGGAAUGUGAAUACCUGAUUGAUCUUGCCAAGCCUCAUAUGGUAAAGUCAACCGUUGUUGAUAGUGAAACUGGCAAGAGUAAAGAUAGUAGGGUACGUACAAGUUCUGGAACAUUUCUAGCUAGAGGACGUGAUAAGAUUAUUAGGAACAUUGAGAGAAGGAUUGCAGAUUUUACCUUCAUACCAGUCGAGCAUGGGGAAGGACUUCAAAUUCUCCACUAUGAGGCUGGCCAAAAAUAUGAGCCUCACUAUGACUACUUCAUGGAUGAGUUCAAUACUAAAAACGGGGGCCAGCGCAUAGCUACAGUCCUUAUGUACCUCUCAGAUGUUGAAGAAAGGGGGAGAGACAGUGUUUCCUGCGGCAAAGGGGAACAUUAGUGCUGUGCCUUGGUGGAAUGAAUUAUCUGAGUGUGGAAAAGGAGGACUUUCUGUUAAACCAAGGAUGGGUGAUGCAUUACUUUUCUGGAGCAUGAA